GCGAGGGGAGGAGAGCCGUCGCUCCCCGCGCACUUGUCUAGUUGCGGGCUGCUGUGCUGUUGCUGUCGUGGCGGGGAACUUCACCACACUGGAGCCCGGAGUCCCGCUCUCUCACCUGCGCAGUUCGGAGCUGCCAUGGGUCUCUCGCUUGGAUUUACAGUGCUCAUUGUUCUACCGGCCUUUGCGCUGCACAUCAGCGGCCUUUACGUCGCCAGUAGCGUCGACUCCCUGCAGCACGUGCUGGGGGAGUAUGGACUGGUGAGGCCUGUGAGUGUGGAUGCAGAAGGCCGCUUCCUGUCGCACGCCGUGUCGGCUGAGCACCUGGCGGGAGGGCAGCCCCGUAGGCGCCGGAGGAGGGAGGUACGAGCAGGCAAUGAUGAGUGGGAAGAUCAGGAGUCCGCCGCAAACCGGGAAAAGCUUUACUACAAUGUCACCGUCUUCGGCCGGGAAUUCCACCUGUGCCUGCGUCACAACGCCAGGCUGGUGGCCCCCGGAGCCAAGAUGGAGUGGCACGAUGACAGCGACAGCAUUCGGCACACGGAGCCUCUGCAUGACCGGUGCCUGUACGUGGGGGACGUUACGGACUCGCCCGGGGCCACCGUGGCCCUCAGCAACUGUGAUGGGCUGGCUGGGAUGAUCCGGACAGAGGAGGAGGAGUUUUACAUCGAGCCAUUGGAGAGGGGGUUGGAGGUGGUGCAAGAGGAGGUGGGGGGACAGGGAAGGACACACAUUGUAUACCGCUCAUCAGCAGUGAAGAAGAAACCAGUGAGCCGGGGAGCAGCAGACCUCCACUCCAGAGGUGCAGACCUGGGGGGCCUGAUGGACCUGGAGACCCUGUAUCGUGGAGUGGAGCAGAGCAUUAACCACACUCGGGUCGGGCGUUUCCGCAGACACGCCAUGGACCGAGCCUACAACAUUGAGGUGCUGCUGGGGGUUGAUGACUCGGUGGUCCAGUUCCACGGAAAGGAGCACGUUCAGAAAUACCUCCUCACGCUCAUGAACAUAGUGAACGAGAUCUACCACGACCAGUCGCUGGGCGCCAAGAUCAACGUGGUCCUGGUGCGGAUCAUCAUGUUGGGCUACGGCAAGUCGAUGAGUCUGAUUGAACUGGGGAAUCCGUCUCAGAGCCUGGAGAAUGUGUGUCGUUGGGCUUUUCUACAGCAGAAGCAGGACACGGGCGACGCGGAAUACCACGAUCACGCCAUCUUUCUCACGCGGCAGGAGUUUGGUCCCACCGGCAUGCAAGGUUAUGCCCCGGUGACUGGGAUGUGCCACCCUGUGCGGAGCUGCACUCUGAACCACGAGGACGGGUUCUCCUCGGCCUUUGUGGUGGCCCACGAGACCGGACAUGUACUGGGGAUGGAGCACGAUGGCCAGGGGAACCGCUGUGGGGACGAGGUUCACAUGGGGAGCAUCAUGGCGCCGCUGGUUCAAGCCGCGUUUCACCGUUUCCACUGGUCCAGAUGCAGCAUGCAGGAACUGGGCCGAUACCUGCAUUCCUAUGACUGUCUCCGUGACGACCCCUUUGACCAUAAUUGGCCAUCUCUGCCUCAACUUCCUGGUUUGCACUAUUCCAUGAAUGAACAGUGUCGCUUCGACUUUGGUGUGGGCUACGCAAUGUGCACCGCGUAUCGCACCUUUGACCCGUGUAAACAGCUGUGGUGCAGCCACCCAGACAAUCCCUUCUUCUGCAAGACCAAGAAGGGACCACCCAUCGACGGCACCAUGUGUGGAGACGGCAAGCACUGUUUUAAAGGUCACUGCAUCUGGCUGACCCCCGACAUCAUCAAACAAGACGGAAACUGGGGCGCCUGGAGUGAGUUUGGACAGUGCUCCCGGAGCUGUGGAGGAGGAGUGCAGUUCCGCACACGCGACUGUGACAAUCCCAGACCAGCCAACGGAGGGCGCACUUGUGUGGGCGCCACAUACCAGUUCCAGAUGUGCAACAUCGAGGAGUGCGAGGACAUUUACAGCGACCCGCGAGAGGAGCAGUGCCACGCCUGGGACCCGCGCUUUGAUCUCCAUAGCAACAUACACCACUGGCUGCCUUAUGAACACCCAGACCCUAACAAACGCUGCCACUUACAUUGCCAGUCAAAGGAGACUCGUGACGUGGUCUUCAUGCAGAGGAUGGUGCUGGACGGGACACGCUGCUCGUACAAAGACCCUCACAGUGUGUGUGUGCGUGGGGAGUGUGAGAGAGUGGGCUGCGAUGGUGUGGUGGGCUCGUCAAAGCAGGAAGACAAGUGUGGAGUGUGUGGAGGAGACAACGCAAGCUGCAAAACGUUCAAGGACACCAUCACUCGCACCACCAAGAAACAGGGGUUCCUUAAAGUUCUCGAGAUCCCACAAGGAGCAAGGCACUUGUUGAUUCAGGAGCUCAAAGCAGCUCCACACACUUUAGCUGUGAAAAAUGUGGCAUCAGGACUGUUCUUUCUAAACGGGGAGAGUGAUAAUCCAGAAACUCGCUCACUCAUUGAGAAGGGGGUGGAGUGGGAGUAUGAGAACGACAGCGGUAAAGAGACCCUUCAGUCCACUGGCCCUCUCAGACAUGGAGUCCUCAUUAUGGUGAAGCUGCAGGGAGACGAGGAUGUGAACCUAUCAUAUAAGUACAUGAUGAACAUGGACAGUAACAGUGCCAUUCAGAACAACAUGCUGGUGGAGGACAGCGCCUACGACUGGGCGCCCAAGAAAUGGUCUUACUGCUCCAAGCCCUGUGGCGGAGGAAAACAGUAUCAGCGUUAUGGAUGCAGACGGAUCGUUGACAGCAAAAUGGUUCACAAAAGCUUCUGCAACAAGUCCAAUAGGAAGCCUAUUGCAGACGUUCGCGACUGCAACCCAAAGCCCUGCCCUCCCCCAAUUUGGGUGACAGGAGAGUGGCAGAACUGCAGUAAACCGUGUGGAAAGACAGGUUUGCAGGUACGCUCCGUCAGCUGUGUCCAGCCUUCAGACGACAACACCACCCGCUCCAUCCACAACAAGCACUGUAACGACCACCGCCCAGAGUCCCGCCAGCCCUGCAACCGGCACCCCUGCCCCACCCAGUGGAGAAUGGGGCCCUGGACGCAGUGCUCGGUCACAUGUGGGAAUGGGACGCAGCAGAGGCAGGCUCUGUGUCACACUCGGGAUAACACCAUCGGCCUGUGUCUGGACAGUAAACCGGACACCAUCAGAAUCUGCCGCAUGGACCCAUGUCCCAAGGGCACCUCGGACCUCAACAAGAACGGCAACAUGCUGAUCCAGUUUCUGUCCAGACCCAACCCUUACCCAAAGACCUCCUCACGCCAGCGUUGUCAUGGAGACCGGUCUGUGUUCUGUCGAAUGGAGGCCCUGAAACGACACUGCUCCCUACCGGAAUAUAGACGCCUCUGCUGCAAAACAUGCAGCAAUGAGAGCAACACAAACGUCAGCAGCACGAGCACAACACUCAGAUCCACAUCGAGAUCUACGACAAUCAGACCCUCAACCCCUAAGACUUCUUCAACCUUGUCCCCAACAUCCAUGUCUCCUACAACCUUGUCCCCAACAUCCAUGUCUACAACCUUGUCCCCAACAUCCAUGUCUACAACCUUGUCCCCAACAUCCAUGUCUCCUACAACCUUGUCCCCAACAUCCAUGUCUACAACCUUGUCCCCAACAUCCAUGUCUCCUACAACCUUGCCUCAUACAACCUUGUCCCCAACAUCCAUGUCUACAACCUUGUCCCCAACAUCCAUGUCUCCUACAACAUUGUCUCCUACAUCUUCAUUCUCAUCUCCUAGAACCUUUUCUCAUACAACCAUGUCUUCAACAGCCUUGUUUACUACAGCCUUGCCUUCUAGAUCCUUGCCUCCUAGAUCGACAACUCCUAGACUGACCUCUCCUAAACCCACCCUUUGGACUAGAUCUACAUCAGCGUCUAUGUCUCCAACUUUUUCAACCCCUGUGGACUUCACAACAUCUGCCCCUGAAUCUACUUCUCAGCCCCAGUCUCCGCCCACCACCAAACAGGACACAAAAGACUCCACAACGUUAUCACAGAGUAGUCCAACAAAGGGACCAGAAACGGAGACUCCAGGGACAGUAGAACAUGUGACUAAAGUGAAAGUGAAACCUAAAAAGACAGAGCCACCAAAGAAGAAAAUCACCCCUCCCAAAGUUGAUAAAAAGAUUAUGAAAGACAAAAUUACACCCAAAAAAGACGAUAUGUCCAAAAUGAAAAUUGUCAAGAAAAAGCCAGAAAAGAUUAUCCCCAAAAAGUCUCCACCAAAGAACACAGGUCCAAAACCCAGUCCCAAGAAAAACACUGCGAAGAAACCGCCUACACCCAAAAAGACCACACCUAAAAAGACCACACCUAAAAAGACCACACCUAAAAAGACCGCACCUAAAAAGACCACACCCAAAAAGACCACACCCAAAAAGACAACUUCAGCUCGCACCACAUCACCUGCUCCACCAGACGACGACCAGACGACGCUGACAACAAAUACACCCAAAAAAUCAUUAAACACCAAAACGAAAACUCAACCAAAGAUUAAAGUUUCAAAGGAGACAAGUCCAAAAAUGAAAACUGGGCCUAAAACAGGAACCAAGAAGUUUACAGUGAUCAAGGCAGAAUAUCCAGCCAAGAAAUCCAAUUCAAAACCAAAAGUAAACAAAUUCACUGUCGUAAAAACAAAUCCUCCAAAGAAGCCUCCGAAAUCUUCUCCUACUACUACUACUACUACUACUACUACUACUACUACUACUACUACUACUACUACUAUCACUUCUACUCCUACAAGCCCUAAUGUGUACUUUACCUCAACAAACAUAUAUCCAACUACAAACAGUUUUUCUGAAUUAAUCAAUAAUGUAAUAAAUAUGAAAACUGGCAUGACAACAACACAAGAAACCCUGUUGUGGUACUACGAUGAUACUGCGUAUUCUACUUCAAACCCAGACGAGGGCGCAGUGAUGCCCGGUGGCACUAUGCCCUACAUAGAUGGCGCUCUGACCAGCAGUGGAGACAUGGGAGUGACCAGCGGGACAGCGGUGAGUGGUGAUUACAUUACACGGGGUGUGGCUACAGGGGAUUACAUCACAGGGGGUGUGGCUACAGGGGAUUACAUCACAGGGGGUGUGGCUAUGGGGGGUUACAUCACUGGGGGUGUGGCUACUGACACAACAAUAUUGGAUGACGGACUAACUAUGGUGAUACCCACUAUCACUAAUGAGGAUAUGAAGGAGCUGACGUCUCCUCCGUGGCAGGAGGAGUACCUUCCGGUCGAUGUUCUUGGGACAACCUCAUCUCCCAGCACAGCUCCUCUGACGACCACCUCUCCAGGAACGAGCCCAAAUACAAUCGUCAUGACUUCGGCCUAUACCGAAAGUGAAAACAACAUUAUUGAUCUGUCUGACGGCAUUCCGGCCGACGACGACGUGUCCCACGACAACCUCAUUUCUAAACACAGGAUCAACCUACGAGAGCGAACCAAGAACAAACGCAUUCAGGAGCUGCUCGAGGAAAAGAGGAACUUCCUCCUCCGAAUGAAGCGAGAACAUGCAAAACGAUAGAGAACAUGCAAAACUAUAGGACUGGAGCAAGAACAUGCAAAACCAUAGAGAACAUGCAAAACCAUAGAGAACAUGCAAAACCAUAGAGAACAUGCAAAACCAUAGAGAACACGCAAAACGAUUGGACUGCUGUAUCAGAGAUGGACACAUGGGUGACACUUGGACCAGGGGCUGAGGGCCUUUGACUAAAGCUGCAGUCAGGACGAUGUUCUGCGCCUUUAAAAGAGGAAUAUUUUUAUGAACAAACAGUAAAACAUCAACGAGAAAACUGUUUAAAAAGAAGCCGUGAUCAAAACCAUGGUGAUGCUUGUCUUUGAGUUGACUUCCAUACCAGAGGUUUCAGUUCUCAGUUCCUCGUUCAACAUGUCUGUGAAAUGUGUCUUCAUCAGAUGACCUUUGAACCCUUUGCUACUAUGACCAGAAACAGUAUUUUUCAAACUGGUCACUUAAAGCGUAGGUGACCAGCAGUGGAGACAUGAGGGAUUUCUUUAUAUCUAUAUAUGUAUAGAUUUAUUUUGAAAGAAAAUGUUUAUGGUGUGUACAUUUUAUAUCAAAUGAAAGCAAUAUAAAAGGGAAUAAAAAGUAUAGAGUAGGUUUCCAGCACUUUAAAGCUACGGCCCGCACAGCUCAGCCUGAUCCAGGGUCAGUGAAAAGACACAAAACUAAUGUCCCCCUGAGCACUUAAGCACAACACAGCGUCACACCCCAGACUGUGCAGACACUCGCAAGAGCUACGAGCUAACGGCUUUGAGCUAACGGCUUUGAGCUAACGGCUUUGAGCUAACGGCUUUAAACGAAUAUGGUGCUACAAUAGAAUCAUUGGUUUACACUUGUGUCUCGCUGCUUGGACGUCUCAGGUGACCACAACUACAUAAGAUGUUUUAUAUUUUGUUUUGGCCAGUCU